AUGGAAGACUCAGGAUUCAGUGGUGUCGUUCGGCUAUCGAAUGUUUCCGAUUUUAUUGCUCCGAAUUUGGACUGUAUAAUUCCAUUGGAAACUCGAACAGUUGAGAAGAAAAUCGAAGAAUCAAAAGUGGCGAUUCGCGCGAAAAAGACAGCCGUCGAGAAUAAGCCGAAAGAAGACAAAAAAUCGAUAAAAAUCUCGUUGGCCGACUGUUUGGCGUGUAAUGGAUGUAUCACAAGUGCUGAAACUGUUCUAGUCGAGGAACAGUCAUUCGGACGACUUCUCGAAGGAAUUCGCAAUUCGAAAAUGGCCGUAGUGACGAUUAGUCCACAGGCGAUCACUUCGAUGGCUGUUAAAUUGAAAAAAUCUCCCCAAAUCAUCGCGAAACAAAUCUCUGCGUUCUUCCAUCGUCACGGAGUGAAAUACGUAUUGGACUCAUCGUUGGGCCGUCGAUUCGCCCACUCCCUGGCAUUCGAAGAACUCGUUUCGACUCCUUCGACGUCCCGCCCACUUCUCUCGUCAGCAUGUCCUGGAUUCGUGUGUUAUGCGGAGAAGAGUCAUGGAGAACUUUUGAUUCCGAAGAUUAGCAAGAUACGGUCACCUCAGGCGAUCAGUGGCGCCAUUGUUAAGGGAUACCUCGCAAAACGAGAGAAUCUCAGUCCAUGUGACGUGUUCCACGCGGCCGUCAUGCCGUGUUUCGACAAGAAAUUGGAGGCGUCGAGAGAGCAGUUGAAAGUGAGAGACACAGAGAUUCGAGAGACUGAUUGUGUUGUGAGUACCGCCGAAUUGUUGGAAGAGAUUCAGAAGAUGGAGGAAGAUUCUGAAGACGUUGAGAAGAGAGGAGAAGAAGAAGAGGAAUGGAUGAAUGCAUUGGGGAGAGGUAUCAUAAUUGGAGAGGACGGCGGAGCAUCCGGUGGGUAUGCGGAUCGAAUCGUUCACGAUUUUGUCGAGAAAAAUGGAGGAAUUGUGAAGACGACCAAGUUAAACAAGAACAUGUACUCGACGACGGUCGAGUCUCCAGAAUCCGGUGACGUCAUUCUCCGUGUCGCGAAAGUGUACGGAUUCCGAAAUGUGCAGAAUCUCGUGAGAAAGAUGAAAACAAAGAAGGAGAAGACUGAUUACGUGGAAGUGAUGGCUUGUCCCGGUGGAUGUGCGAACGGAGGUGGCCAAAUUAGAUAUGAGACGAUGGCGGAGCGAGAGGAGAAGUUGAUUGACGUGGAGAGAGAAUAUGACGAUUUGCCACGUGGAAUUGGCAUGAAUUGGGUGGAAAAAGUGAAAACGGAGUGGGAGGGACUCGAUGGAAACUAUCGGAAUCUGCUGUUCACUAAUUAUAAACCGGUGGAGACGAAUGUCGGGCAGACACUCAAGUGGUGA